AUUGACAUUUCUUCUCAAAAACAUUGCUCUCUCUCUCUCUCUCUCGUUCGUUAUUGAACGAUCAUUUCACAACCCAAAGAAGCAAAAUAGUGAAAAGCCAUGCAAGUCUUGACCCUAGCUCCGGCCUUAGUUUUUCUCCUCGUCCUCGCAAUUACUAAACUACUCAAAUCCAAAACCCCCCAUCCGAAACUCCCGCCGGGGAGCUUUGGAUGGCCGAUCAUUGGCGAGAGCCUCGAGUUCCUCCGUUCCCACCAUGAAGGGAGACCGGAGAAGUUCAUCCAGGACCGGAUGAGCAAGUACAACUCCCCCGUGUUCAAGACCUCGGUGCUCGGGGAGCCGAUGGUCAUCCUGUGUGGGCCAGCGGGGAACAAGUUCCUGUUCUCGAACGAGGGCAAGAAGGUGGCGCUGUGGUGGCCGAGCUCGGUCAGGAAACUGAUGGGGAGGUGCCUCGUAGCCAAGGCUGGGGUCGAGGCGAGGUCGGACAAGAAACUGCUCAUGAGCUUCUUUAAUCCGGAGGCGCUCAUGAGGAGUGUUCAGGUCAUCGAUGAGGUGACAAAGGCCCAUCUUAGGACUCACUGGAAAGGCAAAGAUCAGCUGGAGGCAUACUCAACCCUGAAGCAGCACACCUUCGACCUCGCGUGCCGGCUGUUCAUGAGCAUCACAGACCCGCAGCUCAUCUCGAGGCUUGCCGAACACUUUCACGUGUUCCUCAGGGGAGUCAUUGACUUCCCCAUCAACGUCCCAGGCACAAAGUUUUAUCGGGCAAAGAAAGCGGCCGAUUCCAUCAGGAAGGAGCUCCGGGUGUUGGUGAAGCAGCGCCGGAUGGAGCUGGAGAAGAAGAUGGCCUCACCUUCGCAAGACCUCAUGUCGCACCUGAUAGCGAACGGAGACGAGAAUGGGAAGCUCAUGCCCGAGGUGGAGAUCAUAAACAACAUGUUGAAUCUCCUAUUCGCUGGCCAUGAUACGUCCACUUCCACUCUAGUGUUGAUCAUCAAGUACCUGAGUGAGCUGCCUCAUGUAUUCGAGAAGUUCAUUGCCGAGCAAAGGGAAAUCGCGGCAUCGAAGGCACGGGGAGAGCUGCUUUGGUGGGAGGAUUUGCAGAAGAUGAGAUACUCGUGGAAUGUCAUCUCGGAAGUCAUGAGGAUGAGCGCGCCAGUAUUCGGUUCUUUCCGCCAGGCCCUGGUUGAUUUCACGUACGAAGGAUAUACCAUUCCCAAAGGCUGGAAGUUACAUUGGAGUGCAUGUGUAACACACAAAGACCCAAACUCCUACCCAAGAACGCUGACCUUCGACGAAUCGAGGUUCGAGGGAUCCGGGCCUGCACCAUAUUCAUUCGUCCCAUUCGGAGGCGGGCCGAGGAUGUGUUUGGGGCUCGAGUUUGCGAGGGUGGAGCUACUCGUGUUCUUGCACAAUCUGGUCAAUGGAUUUCACUGGAGUUUGGUCGACCCCAACGAGAAAAUAAUUUACGAUCCCAUGCCAAUACCAGUUAAAGGACUUCCCAUCCGUCUUCGAGCUCGUGACUCUUAGCUUUUUCUUGCUUCAAUGGAGAUAAAGCCACUUUGAUGUUGUACUUAACUACCAAUAAGCUAUUCGCUUGUUUCUGUCUUACUAUGAAACCUGAACGCUUGGCAUCUGUACUAUUCAAAGUGCCUUAUGUCGUGUGUGUUGCGUUUCUGAGA